UUAUGGCCGAUGUCGUUCAUUUCCGUGGUUUAGUUCCAUAAAACGCCGCACAGUAUUCCGUGGCGCCAUUGUACGGACUCAUCGUAUUCCUGUCUAACCGUGUAUUCAUCGUCGUCGUCGUCGUCGUCGUCAUCGUUGUCACGAUAAUUGUCGUUGUUGUGAUUUUUGAGCUCGUAUUAUAAUUUCUUUUUAACGAGUCUUGCCAGGCCGUAGCGUAAUUUCAGAGCUUAGUGCACAGUCGGCGGUAAGGUGAAAGUAAAUCCCGUCGGGUUUACUCGAAUGCCAGGGAAGCUGGUUGUACGUCACGAAAUCGCGUAUACAUCGAGCACGCGACGUCACUGUUGUCUGGACAGCCCUCAUCUCGAUUUCGCAAGAGGGAGGACUUCGAGUUUGAACCCGAACCCGAAUACUGUAGCGACCUCGCAUUUCCUCUACAAUAUCAUUGGAGCACGAACGAUACGGCAUCGCUUUGUGUACGUACGCGGCCAGUAUGCUCUACUACCAUAGAGGAUAGCGUUAGCCACUCUCGUAUGCGUGUAGCCGCACGUACGGUUCGCAUGCUCGCACCUUUCCAUUGGAGAUAUUACAUGGAAUCGUGUUUAUCGUUACAGACAUUAUCACCGACAAUUAAGAAUAAGAAAAAUGUCGGGAAUAGGUAAAAGGACUUACCUCCGAGAGGUAAAUCCCUAUCUUAUUUGUCCUUUAUGCAGAGGAUAUCUUAUAGAUGCAACCACUGUUGUCGAAUGUUUGCAUUCGUUUUGCAGAAGCUGUAUUCUCAAGCAUCUCAACACAGAAGCUCAUUGUCCUUCUUGUAAACAUGUUCUCAACAAAGCCAAACCGAAUAUCAAAGCUGAUAAGGCAUUGCAAGAUAUCGUAUACAAAUUGGUUCCAGGAUUAUAUCACAAAGAGAUGCGAAAAAGAAGAGAGUUUUACAAAAAACAUCCGGAGCAUGCGGAUUUAGCGACUCCAGAACAACGUGGAGAAGAUGUUAGCGGAAGAUUAAUUUUCGCUCCAGAAGAUGCUGUUAGUUUAAGCUUGGAAUAUUUACCGCCCGGAGCCGAUCCUAUGAGCAUUUUACUUAGCACCAACGAUGAUACCAACAAUUCUAACGCAUCUAAUAAUCAAAAUAAUAACAGUAACAAUGGUAGUAAUAAUGGUUAUAGCAAUAAUGCUAACAAUCAUAGCACAAAUACAACGAGUAGGCGAUACCUUCAAUGUCCAGCACUGGUAACUAUUGCGCAUUUAAAAAAAUUCUUAGCUUCGAAAUACAAUGUCGAUAUGACAAGGUACACGAUCGAAAUUUGUCAUCGACGUGCUCCACUUCCGGAACAUUGGACCCUAAUGGAUGUCGCUUAUAUUUACGCAUGGAAAAGGAAUGCACCAAUGCGAUUUUUUUACCGAGUUGCAUUAGAAGAGCAAAGAUUAGAGGCACCUCCUCACGACAGGCCUUCUACACCAGGUUUGGGCGCCAGUUUUCCUCCAGUCGACACCACUAUUGCUAUACAGAACAACAUUAAUUCGGAAAAUCCUGAGAAUGAUAUAGAAUCCAAAUCGGAAACAAAAUCUAUAAAGGAUACCGAUGAAAAAACCACGUUGGACAAUCAAAAUGAAAUUUCGAAUGAAAAAUCGCGUUCUCCAAGUGAACAAAUAUCUACAAACGAGACUAUUGAUAACCAUAAAAUAACUAUUAAAGAAGAUCAACUUAUAAGUAGUGUAGUAACAUCGACAACCACGACAUCAACGAUAGUUUCCAUAGCAUCGACGAAUAUUACGUCAACAACGACAGCUACCAACACAGUUGUUUCAUCGGCAACGACAACUACUAAUACAAAUAAUGUCUCAUCCACAUCGAAUAGUGAAAAUAAACAAAUUAAAACACCUAUAAAAAUACUCAAGAACUCAGAUGGAAGAUAUGAAGUUUUGAGAAGUCCGCCAGGAAGUUGGAAUUCGAAAGAACAAAGCAUUACAAAUAUUGAAACAAAAUCUUCAAAUCCAGAAUUUAGUGUUGUAAGUAUAGGAAACGGACAGAAUUCAAAUGGAGUGAAGAUUACUUUAAAACAAUGUUCACCAAACAAUACAAGUCCAAACAAGCCGAAAGUUAUCAGUAAUGUAUUAUUACAUUGUGGCCAAGUAGACAAAGAUAGUUCUGAGGCGUUACUUAUUCAACAGUUACAGAGGAACAGAGAGAAACGUCAAAUAGAAAAACAAGAAGAACAAAGAAGAAGAGUAACUUUUAUGGAACGAUUGACUCCUGAGAAAACUAUUAGUACUACCAACAAUACUAAUGGCAAUACUUUAAAAAGUAUACAGAAAAAACCAGGAGAACAGCAAGAAAAAAAACAAUUCCUUCAAAGUUUUCAGCUGACAGCUAGAGAGACAGGAUCCGAAAUAAAAUUAGAAUCUUCCUCUAACGAAUUAAAUAUGAAAGAUGAGAUUAAUGAUACACAAAACAAAGAUAACGUCACUCCGAAAAAAGAAGAUGAUAACGCAACAGAAACUUCAAAUAAUAUAAAUAAUUCAAAGAAUAAAAGUAAUAAUGAAAAUAUUAGUGUAAAUGCAAGUGGAAAUAUUUCGAAUGUAAGUAAACCAAUGAGUGGAAUUAGUAACAAUGCGCGAAUGAACACGAAUAAACAAUGCAAUGAUAUAGAUACUUGCACGUUUGGUUACUCAAAAAGUACAAAUCCAAGUAUGAACAUCAGCAUUAAUAAUAAUCCUGCAAAAGUGGAUGUAUACACUUUUUCUAAUGAUCCACCUAUAGUUCCCGCGGGAGCAGUGAAAAGAAAAUGUCCACCAGGUUUACCAAUCUUUGAUAUCAGAAGAAAGAAACAACAGAUUCAAACUCAUAUCUCAAAAAAGCAAACUCAUGUACAUCCGUCUCCUGUUAUGCAAAAUAAUACGAAAUCACCUCGAAAAUUAACAACGGAACAUGUUAUUUCAGCAAAAAGACCGGGAAAUAUAAUUGCAGAAGCUGGACCUAGUCGAACACUCACAACAUCAAGUUCAAAACCUUCCUCAAGUCCAAUACUUUCGAAUGAUACAAGAAAUAUAUUAGAUGGUUGUGGAUUAAACAUUCCUGCAAGUCUUAGUAUAACUCUAACAGCACCAAAAUCACCUGGAAAUAGUAGUGGAUCUAUUGAACCAAAUGAUUCCAAAGAUAAUCGAAAGAAUACUCUGGGAAAAGUAAGUCCAAGCAUUACUUUAAAUGAUAGAUCUGUCGAUCCACGAGUACUAAAGGCAUUAAAAGCAGGACAAAUAAGGAUGCCUGCACCAUUAAAACCAAGGCAAACCAAACAACCAGAACGUGAUCAGCAACGACAAGCACUUCCUACUAAACGGAAAAGGGAUCAAGAAUCAAGAGAUAUUCUAGAUCUGAGCGGAGGAAAGAAAAUGGACAUACAUCCAUUAAGAAUACCACAGCCAGUGACAAAACUUAAGACAAAAUCAACAAUUAAAGACAUACCAAACAUUUCAGAUCAGGGACAAAUUGUAACACUUGGUGGUCAUAAAUAUUAUCGUGCACCUCCAGGUUCUUUGACUCCUGCACCACAUCGUGUGAAUGAUUGUCCAAUUCCAACACCAUUGUCACGAGAACGAUCACCAGUAAUGUGGCGACCUGCCGAAUCGUCAGCCAUACGCAUGCCGCUGAUGCUUCGUGCCGAUCUUCUUCGAAUUCGAUCCGCCGAUGUCGGUGUACCAUCACCAAUAUCAAUAACUGGCACUUUUUUAAAUAACUUUAUCUUUGCAUUGAGAUCAAUGCACAUCACACCAUGUCUGGCUAAAAUUCAGACUAUCGGAUUUUUUAUGUCCAAAUAUAAACAUAAAAUGCGCAGUGCUUUCUACUGCAAUUUGCACUGCCACGACAAUCAUAAAACAACCGUGAAACUUAUAAUGAGUAAUACAAAAGAAAAUUCUACGGCUCCGGCAAAAAAUACAAUCACAGGCAAUACGAAACCUUAUGGAAAAAUCGUACUAACACUUCAAAAUUGUCUUUUACCUGAAGAAAAACUCAACUCGACGCCGUCACAUUUAGAUGGAUUGGAUGCAGAAACCGAAACUGAUCUAAGAAUAUUAGGAUGUGAACUAAUUCAGACAGCUGGUAUUUUAUUGAAAUUACCACAGGUUGCAAUGGCCACAGGACAAGUUAUAUUUCAACGAUUUUAUUAUAGUAAAUCGUUAGUUAGACAUAAUAUGGAAACAACUGCAAUGGGCUGUAUCUGUUUAGCUAGUAAAAUUGAAGAAGCACCUAGACGUAUUAGAGAUGUUAUUAAUGUGUUUAAUCAUAUUAAACAAGUUUCUAGCCAAAAGCCAAUACAACCAGUAAUACUUGAUCAAAAUUAUGUAGCUCUAAAAAAUCAGGUAAUUAAAUCUGAAAGAAGAGUCCUAAAAGAAUUAGGUUUUUGUGUUCAUGUAAAACAUCCUCAUAAAAUAAUUGUUAUGUAUUUACAAGUAUUGGGCUAUGAAAAAAAUCAUGCUUUGAUGCAACAAUGUUGGAAUUAUAUGAAUGAUUCUUUAAGAUCUGAUGUAUUCUUAAGAUAUCAACCAGAAACUGUUGCUUGUGCAUGUGUAUAUUUGGGAGCAAGACAACUUCAGUUACCUUUACCUACUUCACCUGCUUGGUUUUCUCUUUUUAAAGUUAAUGAAUCUGCAAUUAGAGAUGUUUGUCGUCGUAUAUUACGACUUUAUUUUCGACCUCGUGUUAAACCAGAACAAUUAGAAAAACGUGUAGAAGAACUUCGUCGACAAUAUCAGGAAGCAAGAACCAAAGCAAGAAGUGGAGAUGUCGAUAGCCACACACCUAGCCCACCACUGCCCAAACAUCAUAAUGCUUGGGGUGGAUUCAUUAGUCGUAGCGGUACUCAUGCUGCACCCGAAAGAACAAAGUCACCUAGGCGUUCAAAAUCACCAAGUACUUCACCAUCUAGAGGUGAAGGAACAAAGCAUUCCAAGAGAAAAAAACAUAGUAGAAGCAGAUCUCGCAGUCAUAGUCAUGGACGAUCUCGAAAACCGAAAAAGGCGCAACGAAGGCGAUCUGGCAGUCACAAAUCAUCUCGUAGUCGUUAUAGAUCACGUAGUCGAUCUCGAGAUAGAGAUGUAGAAAAAUCAAGUAAACAUCGCACAGGUGCUGCCUUUUUCCUCUCAGUAGAUAAUACUGCUGAAAAAUCUAAUGCUGUUAAUUGUGGUAAAAUUCUACGGCUACUAAAAAUGCCGCGUACAAAACAUGUUCAGAAACCAAAACAACAAGAAGAAUUUUUAGAAGAAAGUGAUUUAUUAAUUAAAGAUUUUGAGCGACAAGCACAUUUACGAAUUUCGAAAAUGGAAGCAGAAUCAAAAAUGGCAAUAAAAAGUAUUGAAACUUUCGUUGACGUUACUUUAUCUCGACUUCCGGCUGAGAUACGGCAAAUGACACUUAGUGAAGUACUUAAUUACGAUAAUGAAAAUGAAAAAGAAAAUUGUAAUGAAAUUUCGUCAUCCGUUGAUGAUCGUUCGCUACGAGUACCUCCGAUGACAGUAAAAGGAAAAAAAACUGGAAAAAGAAUUACUAGCGCGUCCGAUGAUGGAUAUGUAACCGAGGGAAUAACAACAACACGUACAUCAAGAGCUACUAAAGUCGAAUCUGCUAUUAGUAGAAGGACACGUAGUAGUUCAAGGAAUAGUAAAAUGAAGCUUAGUGAAAUAAAUCAAGAAACUAUAAAAAAAACAACAAAAGAUAAACAUAUCAAAUCUAUGAAAGUUGAUAAAUUUAAAACCCCUGCUACUUUGAAACCAGGAAAUAAAGAAUUUGAUCUUGUAACUCCAAAAAUAAAACCUAAUACACCAUUAAAUGUAUUAAGACGUCCAAGACAAGGGGAAAUGGUUCUUAGUAUGCAAGGUAGUCCUUUAUUAGUUUCUGCAAUUAUUCAAGAAGAUAUUGCUAACAUUAAUGUACCCUUGCGUGAUGGGAAUGUUAUGUCCUUAUUACCUAAUGAUGGAUUACGUAUGUCACAUAUUCCUGCAUUAGAUUCAGAAACUUUGAAACAACUAGAAACUUUAAAAAGUCAUAUUGAGAAGGGCGCAAUAUUUAAUACAAAAAUCAAUAUGGUUCGUGUAAUCACAGUACAUAAUUUUUUGGGGCAAAACAUCACUCAAAUUGAAGAACCAACUGCAAGCUGUAUAGCAAAUGCAUCUGGACGUGAAAUGCUUCUCUUAGCAUUAUCAACUCAUUGUAUUGAAGUUUGGGAUUUGAUGAUGUCUGAUAUUAAAUUACAUACUGUUUUUCCAACAGUUGAUAUGAUUAAUCAAAUGAUACAUUGUACCAAAGAAGAUUAUGUUGUAACAUUGGAAUCAAAAUUAUCUAGAGAUGCAAGUAUUAAUAAUCAUACAGGGAAAGCAAUUAAUAAUUUUGUUAGAAUUUAUGUUAAUUGGGCUAUGGUAAAAGAUCAAAGUCAACCUAUGCGUGCUAGAAUAGCAGGACGUGUUACACCAAGUUUGAAUCGACCAUUGAAUAGUUUAGAAAUGAUAGAAUUACCUUUAAGCAUACAGCCUACAUUAAUUGCUUGCUGUCAAAGUACUGGUAAUCUUCUUGUAGCUUCAGGAAAUAGUGCUAUUCUGCAUGAAUUCAAAAUUGAAACACAGCAAGUAUCAAAGAUGAAGUUUAUAGAUUUUGAAGCAAGACCAUGGUCUUUAGGAUUUUCAUUUUCUCCUACACAUAUGGAAAUUAUUGAAGAUUUCAUAUUAAUUAUGGAUAAGACAAAUUUAUGUGUUUUCCGAUUGACUAAUUCAAUGUAUGAGGAUAUUGAUCAAUUGAGUUCUUUAACUUCCACAAAUUCCUCAUCUAUUGAUAAAACAUCUAUAUCCACAGAUUCCUCUCUUGCAGAAAAUAGCAAUAAUAUGAAUAAUCAAGAUGAUAACAUAAUAUUGCAAGGAGCAAAUUCAAAAUGUAAGAGUUCUAAUCAAGAUCCUUAUUUCAUUUUAUCAGAAAACAAUGAUUCUAGUGGAAUAAGCACAAAAUUUAAAAGUAAGAGGCAUAAAAAUUCUAAAAUAAGUAUAUGGAACAAACUAGAGACAGGAGAUUUUAGAAAAAUAAAAUCUAAUAAUAAUGAUAAUAUUAUAAAUUUGGAUCACUUAAUAUAUAAUGAAAAAGAUGAAUUACAAAGAUUAAUUGAUCAAGAAAUUAUUGAUGGAAAUUCACAACCCUUGACUAUUAAUUUGCCAUCUAUAAGUUUAGAAAGAGCAGGACCUGGACAUACUUUAAGUCCUUUUAUAUUAAAUCCAUCAGAUAUAAGAAUUAUAAUUAAAACAAAUUCUCCUGAUUUAGGAUGGUCAGAAAAUUAUACAAUAAAAAAUUUGUUAUCUCUUAAAAUAAUAGCAGCUAAUAAUAAACUUGAUGGAAGUUCUGAAGUAUUCAAUUGCUCUUUACUAAAACCAUUAUACAUGAGAAAAGAGUGUAAUAAUUCUUAUUUGAAAAAAUCAAUUCUUAGAUCAGAUAAAUAUACAUAUUUGCAAGGUGUUAGUUGCUUUUUAAGCACUUUGCAAGAAGGAUAUCUUUAUCACUUUUCUGCUACUAGUUCAAAUCCUACAGAUGUAACUUGUUUAACUACUUAUCCAUUUACUGCACCUGUUAAUCAAGUAGCAUUGGAACAUACUACUUUGCAUGCAUUGACCGAAGCUGGUCUUGAAUCUUAUACAUUACGUUUAUCUCAUCAUAUUGCAAGAACAUCAAAUAAUUUAGAAAAUUUAAGAGUAACAUGUCCUAAUAUCUCUGAGCCAGUCUGUCUAAUCGGAUUAAGACCAUUUUUAGGAAUACAAAAACUAUUACAUAGCAAAAAUUAUCUAAUUCUCUUAGCCAAAGCUGAAAAUUCUUGGACUUUGUAUUCUUUAAUUUUACCUAAAUUGGAAAAUUUAUAUUAUGAUAUCUUAAAUGCAGCAAGAAAUCAUAAAUCUUCCAGUCCUAGUACAUACCGACAUUUGUUAGGGGAGGCUCAUGCUUUGAUACGUUUAGCUAAAGAUGCUGUGUACAAUUGCUUAGAUAUUAAUGAUUUUGACGAUAUCGCUAAUAAAAAUGGAUUGAAAUUGAAAAAUUUAUAUAAUCAAUCUUGCGCGUUGCUUGGAGACUAUUAUAUUCGUUCUGAAUAUGAAUCGGAUUGGGAUUUUUGUAUACCUUAUUACAAAAUGUCAGGAUUAAAACCCUCAGAAGUAUUAUCUAGAAAAUCAAGUCAAGAUGCUCCGGGACUCGUUACUUUUUUAACAGAUAUUCUUCUUACAAUGAAAAGUGGUUCAGAAGCUGAUGCGUUGUUUCAAGGAUUUAAUAUUGUAGAAAUGAUAUGUAAAUUGAAAAAAUCGGAUUUACUGAAAUUGAUUUUCAGUAGUCCUGUAUUGCGAGAAUAUACCACCGAAAAAUUAAUCCAUCUUUUAUUAUUAUACGAAACAGAUGAGUUAGUUAAAUUAGCGUUAGCACUCUUAUAUAUACAAGCUGAAAAACAGGAACAAGCAGAAAAAAUAAUUGAGCCAGUUUCGGCAUUAUAUAUCAAACGAAUAGUUUUAGAACAUUGGGAUCUUUUGUUUGAUAUGACAGCUAUGAAAAAAAGAAGUCCAAUGAUUCCGACGUUUUCGGAUUUUGCUGGAAUGUUAAUGCGACAAAAAAAUUUAACUUUUGCCGAAAUUUUAAUACAAUUAAUAGAAGACGAUGGAAUUUUAUCUCUUCAUCAAAUUAUACAGGUAUUUUUAGAAUAUUUGCCGUCAAGAGUAGGACGGGAUGGACAUAAUGCAGCAAUGACAUUACAAAUUUUUCUUGAAAAAUAUCUUCAUAAUUACUUCAGUACAAAAUUGAUUAUAGACUCAUCUGUUAUAAAUAAAAAUCAAAUACGCACAGAUUUUGCUCUUGUUGAAGCAUUUAAGUUAUUAGUACGAUCAUACUUAGGCAAAUUAACUCAAACUAAAGUAUACAAAAUAGAAAAUAGAGAAAAUAUGCAAGAAAAUUAUGAUAACUUCAUAUUUGUCAAAUUUAGACCUCAUUAUCUAAACGGGAUGCCACCAUAUGCGAAAGAUUAUCAAAAAGUUUUGAAUAUGUGCGAUUUACAAGAUUUAGUUGAUAUCGAUAAGACUGAUUCUGAAAAAACUAUACCAACAGAAUUGUUUAAAUUACAAUCUGUAUUAUCUUGCGAUUUUAUACCAAAUGAGUGUUUAUACGAAGUUAAACAAUUUCUUGAAACACAAGAAAUUCAUGGCAGUUUAUCUUUAAAAACGUUAUGUAUUCAAAAUACAGAAGAAACAACAACACUUCUAAUGGAAAAUUGUCCUCAAGCAGUUAUACAAUAUGCGAAGGAUACAUAUACUAAAGAUUCUGAAUGGAAGUAUUUAAUUGAACUAACACAAAAUAAAAUUUCUACAACAAACACUCGACAAGAAUUGCAAUGUUUAUAUACGCAAAUUAUGAAAGCAAUUUUAAAUUAUCUACCACAUACAUUAUCUUUAAAAAGUCUACAUCGUGUUCUUCCAAAAGAUGAUAUAAUAACAUUUCAAAAAUGCAAUGAAAUGUGUAAUCAAAUUAUGCACGCCGAACAUGUUAAAUCGUUAAUAAUGGAAACUGGGCAACAACUUUUAUCGACAUUAAAAUUAUGAGCGAUAAUUUUAACUGAUCAAUUUCGACGACGAUAGGUCCAAUUUAAUUUAUUUAUAAAAAAAAAAACUGAAAAAUUUAAAUGCAACAAGAAAUUAUGUUGUAUAAAAAUUAUAUAUAGAGAAAAAUAGAUUUGAAAUGAAUUGUACUUAAUCGAAUUUGAAAACAAUAGUUUUUCAUGUGAUAACUUUCAUGGAUUACAAAUUUUUGCUUAAAAUUACCUGACUUUUAGAAAUAAUUUUAAUAAUUUUUUAUUUUUGAUCAC